AGGACAUUGCCAUCCUCCAGCCAUGAACACCAUCGUCUUCAACAAGCUCAGCGGCCAAGUGCUCUUCGAAGAAACCGCCAAGGAGCACGACAGAAACAGCAGCCGUCCUUACGGGCCGCUCUUGGAGGUCACCCCUCGCCCGGAGGUCCUCUUUCCCGACCGCCCUCCCAAUAAAGACAACCUCACCGUUCGCCAUAAGAAGACCGGCGCCCGGCAGAACAGUGGGAAGGUGAGACACAAGCGCCAGGCCCUGCAGGAUAUGGCACGACCACUGAAGCAGUGGUUGUAUAAGCACCGGGAUAACCCCUACCCAACGAAGACAGAGAAGAUCUUGCUGGCUUUGGGCUCCCAGAUGACUCUGGUCCAGGUGUCAAAUUGGUUUGCCAAUGCAAGGCGGCGUCUUAAAAAUACUGUCCGCCAACCGGAUCUCAGCUGGGCUUUACGAAUAAAACUAUACAAUAAGUAUGUUCAAGGAAAUGCUGAGCGGCUUAGCGUAAGCAGUGAUGAUUCAUGUUCUGAAGAUGAAAACCCUCCCAGAAAUGAAGGAGAAUACAACACCCAGGUUCAUCAUGCUGUGGUUAAAACAGAAAGUUCUGUCAUAAAAUCUGGAGUAAAACCAGAAGGAAGUGCCAGUGAGGAUUAUGUAGCCCCUCCUAAAUACAAAAGCAGCUUAUUGAAUCGCUACCUGAAUGAUUCGGUGACACAUGUCAUGACCACAGAUGCAGACCUGAUGGAAAAAACAAGACAAAGGAAUCAUUCUGGAUCAUUCAGUUCUAAUGAGUUUGAAGAAGAACUGGUGUCGCCAUCCUCCUCCGAGACUGAUGGAAAUUUUGUCUACCGGACAGAAACUCUGGAGAAUGGACCUAACAAGCGUGAAAGUGCAGUGAACAGGAAAAGAUCAAGCAAAGACGAGACGUAUUGGAAGGAGAUCAAUGCAGCGAUGGCCUUAACCAAUCUUGCCCAGGGAAAGGACAAACUGCAGGGUACCACCAGCUGCAUCAUUCAGAAAUCUUCACACAUAUCAGAAGUGAAGACAGUGAAAGUUCCACUGGUGCCAAUGCCAUUUUAAGAGAAAAAGUGAUUUGCUUAUCUUUCUCUCUGUGGAUUUUUUUUUCAUGCUGUUUGUUUUCUUGUAAGAUCACAAAAGAUCUAAAAUAGGGAUUGAAGCUCCUUAUUGUAGUCAGUGACAGUCAGGAUGGAUAAGAAUAAGUGUAGCUCAUCGGAAAGGUCUCACCAGCAAGCACCAGCAAAAUGAUCCUGAGGAGGUUUGUGUGUGUGGUUGUCGUUCAUUUUCUUGUUUGUGAUGUAAAAGCUAUUUCCAAUGAAUUGUGUUCUGUUAUGGUACAGUAAUCAAGAAAUAUUCUCUCAGGCUAAAUAGUUUGUUUCUUAAAUAACAUGUCCAUUAUGGAGGGGGGGGGGACGU